CUUCCGACCCUAACAUCUAUGAAUCUUAAAGGGACUUUAUGAAAGUCAUUUAGGGACUGAAAUAUGUAAGGGAAUAGGCUGAGAUAUUUUAUACUUGCCUCAAAUAAACAAUGACAUUGAGGAAGCUGUUGCAUAAUGCCAAAAAUACAGGCCAAGUCGAGCAAAACAGCUCAUGUUAGUGGCACAGGAAAAAUCAGGCUGACAGUGGGGGGGGGGAAACUAUAAACUUUUAAUGAAAUACUGUAUACAUUUCUUGAAAUAGCUUCGUUUAAAAAAAAAAAAAAAAAAAAAAAAAAAGCCAGCAUAUCAAAUGCAUUUGCACUAGAUAUGGUAUACCUGACAAACUGAUGUCUGACGAUGGACCACAAUCAAGUAGAUUUCAUAGACAUUAGGCCUGGAAGGAACCUGGGAAGAUCAUUGAGUCCAGCCCCCCUGCCCCAGGGGCAGAAAGUCGGCAGGGAGCGUAGGAUCCCAGAAAGAUAAACAUCCAAAUGUCUCUUGAAGGCACUCAAAGUAGGUGCUUGAACCACCUCUGGCAGCAGUCUAUUCCAAACCUUGGGGGCUCGGCUAGUAAAGAAGUUCUUCCUUAUGUCCAGCCUGAAAUGGUCAUGGAGGAGUUUGUGACUGUUCGACCUUAUCAACCUUUGGGGCACUCUGGUGAACAGACAUUCCCUCAGAUCCUGGUGAGCACCCCAUAUAAACUUCUUGGCAGCCAUCAAAUCGCCUCUGAGCCUGCACUCUUCCACACUAAAGUCCCAUGGCUCUCAGCCUUUCUUCAUAAGGUCUGUUUCCCUGACCUCUGAUCAUGCACAUGGCUCUCCUCUGCACCUUCUCAAGCUUCUACACAUCCUUUUUGAAUUGUGGAGACCAAAACUGGACUCAGUACUCCAGCUGGAGCCUCACCAAAGUCAAGUACAAUGGGAGAAUGAUGUCCUGGGAUUUGCUUGAGAAGCAUCUAUGGAUGUAAGCCAGUGUUUUGCUCACUUUACUAGCUGCAGCAUCACAUUGCAGGCUCAUGUUCAUCUUGUGGUAUAUCGCAACCCCCAAGUCCCUUUCACCCAGAGUGCUUGCCAGCGUAGCACUGCCAAGCCUAUAAGCAUGCUGCGGGCUUUUCCUCCCAAGGUGGAGAACCUUGCAUUUUUCGGUGUUAAACACCUUCAGGUUCUCAUCCACCCAUUUCCUGAGCCUGUCAAGGUCAGCCUGGAUCACCCUCAGUCCUCAGGGUGCUUUACCCCAGAGUUUGGUGUCAUCAGCGAACUUGGCCAGUCUGCUUCUGGCCAAGUCCACAUUAUUAAUAAAGCUGUUGAAUAGUGUAGGCCCAAGGACAGAGCCUUGAGGGACCCCACUGAACACAGGGCACUAUGACGAUUGACUUCUGACAACCACCACCCUCUGGGUCUGACCACAGAGCCAAUUCCCUAGCCAGAAGAUCAUGGUGAGGCCAAGGCCACAGUUCACCAGCUUUGCCAAGAGGUGAUCAUGGGAUACCAGAUCGAAGGCCUUUUUUUAAGUCAAUCAAUCUCUUCUCCCUUGUCCAGGUGAUAGGUCACCUGGUCGUAAAAGGAAAUAAGAUUAGUUAAGCAAGACCUACCCGCAACAAACCCGUGUUGGCUAUCCCUCAGGAUGUUGCCAUCGGCCAGUCUGUUAAGAAUGACCUCUUUGAUAAUCUUUUCUAAGACCUUCCCCAGGAUAGAGGUCAGGCUGAUGAGCCUAUAGUUUGCUGGAUCCACUUUCCUCCCUUUCUUGAAGAUAGGUACCACAUUGGCUUUCUUCCAAUCUUCGGCUACUUCACCAGAGCGCCAGGAGUUCUCGAAGAUCUGUGCCAGGGGUUGAGCUAUGAUGCUAGCAAGCUCCUUGAGUACCCUGGGGUGUAGACUGUCAGGGCUGGCUGAUUUGAAGGUGUCCAGCCUCUCAAGGUGUUCCUUCAUGAAGUCAGCACUGAUGAAGGGUAAGGAAUCUCCCUCACCCGGGCCUCCUUGUCCCAUAGUGGGCAGGGGCGUCCCAUGGGACUGGUGAAAAACCAACACAAAGUACCCAUUUAGCAAGUUGGCUUUUUCCUGGGUGUCGGUUGUCAAUUGUCUCAUCAGGUUUAGCAGUGGUCCAAUGUUGCCCUUGCUUUCCCUCCGGCUCCCCACAUACCUAAAAAUGGACUUUUUAUUGUUCUGGUUUGUUCCCUGCAGGUCCGGACCAGUGCAGAGUAUUCCUCCUUUUGAGACAUGUCAUAGGGCAGAACAUACAGCAGCAAUCAUGGGAUUCCUCCUCACCUUGUCUGUUUCUGCUGCCUUUUAUUUGCUGGCAAUUCCUGGAGAUUUGUGUAUGAAUAUCAUUGGAGGACAAGAUGUGAUUCCACAUUCAAAACCAUUUAUGGCCCUAAUUAGGAGUAGGAAAGAAUACUGUGGAGGAUCUUUGAUUAAAAAAAAUUGGGUGUUAACUGCAGCCCAUUGUCAGAUCAAAGGAGCUAAAGUUAUUCUUGGAGCUCAUUCAAUAUCAAAGAGUGAAAAAGAAAAGCAGCUUUUUAAGAUUGCAAAAAGAAUUCCCUAUCCAUGCUUUGAUGGUGCAAAUAAAGAAAAUGACCUAAUGCUUCUGCAGCUUAAAGGACGAGUAAAAAUUAAUAAAGCUGUGAAAACAACUAACCUACCUAACACAGGCACUGAUAUCAAAGCAGGAACAAGGUGCCAAGUAAUAGGAUGGGGAACCACAAAUAAUGGAAUUAACAAGCCGUCUGAUACCCUGAAGGAGGUUAACGUCACAGUCAUUGACAGAAACACUUGCAAUGACAAGAAACAUUACAAUUUGCAACCUGCAAUCACAAAAAACAUGGUGUGUGCUGGGGAUGUGAAAGGAGGAAAGGACUCUUGUUCUGGGGAUUCUGGAGGUCCUCUGAUAUGCAAUGGUGAAUUGAAAGGCAUCACAUCCUUUGGCAAGAAUGGACAGUGUGGUGUUGUCCAAUACCCUGGCGUCUACACUCUUCUUACCACCUCCUAUAUUAACUGGAUAAAGAAAACAAUAGGGGGGGACUUGGAGGAUGACUUUUUUGCUGACUGAUUUUUUUGAUUUUUUUUUUUCUCUUUCUCUGCCUCUGCCAUUCAGUUAUGUGUAGCAAAUUUUUAACCAUGUUUGAAAGAUGCAAUCAUUAGGAAGUGGUAUUUCCACACUAAGCCUCUCUGGCUACUAUGUUUCCUAUCAGAAUUCAAUUUCAUAUGUCUUUAUUCUGCACAGGCAUGACCUUACCCUGAGCCCAAAACAAGUACAAUACAGUGUUCUGCAAUCACAGGAUGUAUGGCCUGUGGUCUUAGUAACUCAGUCAUGGCUCAAGAAAGGAUGAUUCCUCCACUUCUACAAACCAAAUUUACCUUGAGGUUCCUAUGGGUAUGAAGGGUUUCUGUAUUAAGGACCCAGUCCAACUCCCAUUAAUCCAGAUUACAUGGCAUUGGAAGCUAAUUGCAGAUUGCAGUCAACUGUACCUUCCUGUAUCUUGAUUUUUGUAAAAACCCCUUGCAUUUUUGGAGACACAGGGAAUGACCCCAGAAAACCUGAAAAAUUGCUGGCUUCUCUUCUUUCCCUGCUGGCUCCUCUUCUCAUGAUUCUCUCCCUAAAAUCCAUAUGAGGAGGCUAUUUGGUCAGCAGCCUCCAGAUACGUAGUUUCAAAGAUUUUUGCUGGACAAUGUAAUAGACCAAAGGGUCUAAUAAGUUUAUAGUUCCUUUCUUUGAUAGAUUCAGCAUUUCAAACAUAUGAUUGUAUUAAUGUAUUUUGCAUUUAAAAAAAAAAAGCAAUAAAGUUUAUGG